GAGAAGACUGCAAGAUGCACCGCCUCUGGGUCCUGCUCCUUCUCGCUGGCCCGGUCACCGCCGGCUCCUUAAGGAUCUCCAUGAGCUACCCGGAAGCCCUUGAAGAGGCUAUCAACCUGUACAACGAAGUGGAAGAGGUUAAGUUCCUCUACCGCCUCCUGCGGGCUGAACCCCAACCGGACUGGGACCCUUGGGCGGAAGGGCCCCAACCGUUGGUCUUCUCCGUGAAAGAGACCAUCUGCCCAGCCAACCAGGGCUUCGACUUCUCCACGUGUGACUUCAAAGAUGACGGGAUCCAGCCGGCAUCAACUCUGGAACUCGGCAUGUGCUCCUUUAAGAGAAACUCAAGUGUGGUUAUUUUGCCUGGCACAUGA